GUGUUCUGUGGAGUCUACUUCUGUACCUGGGCCCCUCCUCUCGCGAGCGCCGCCGCCGGAGGUGGAUGUCACAGUCGGGCCGAGUCCUCGGGACAGGACGCGAACUCGUCAGAGCUCCGGAGCGCCGACGACCCGCCGAGAGUCAGGGACGAGCGGGCGAUGUUGCAGCCAGUUUGUCGGUCGUGGACAUCGUGGGAAGGCUGCUGAUACAGUCCCGUCCACGCCGAGAGUCGAGGUAGCCUCGUCGCCGCAGUGUUAGAUAUUUUUUUUAUUAUUUUUUUUAGACCACUUCUUAAAAAAGGAAUACAAAAAAAAAAAAAUGUCGUCUCCAAGUCCGGGCAAGAGGCGAAUGGAUACCGACGUGGUGAAACUCAUUGAGAGCAAGCACGAGGUCACCAUCCUCAGUGGACUCAACGAGUUCGUGGUCAAGUUCCAUGGACCACCUGCAACACCGUAUGAAGGAGGCGUGUGGAAGGUUCGGGUGGACCUGCCAGAUAAAUACCCCUUCAAAUCACCAUCAAUAGGAUUCAUGAAUAAAAUCUUUCAUCCCAACAUUGAUGAAGCGUCAGGCACCGUGUGUUUAGAUGUCAUCAACCAGACAUGGACAGCGCUCUACGACCUCACCAACAUCUUUGAGUCGUUCCUCCCUCAGCUGCUCGCCUACCCCAACCCCAUCGAUCCUCUGAACGGGGACGCAGCCGCCAUGUACCUGCACCGACCAGAGGAUUAUAAACACAAGAUCAAAGAGUACAUCCAGAAAUACGCCACAGAGGAGGCUCUCAAGGAGCAGGAGGAAAGAGAGGGCGACUCUUCCUCUGAGAGCUCCAUGUCAGACUUUUCCGAGGAUGAGGCUCAGGACAUGGAGUUGUAGUGAAGGAGGAGAUUUUGUCCACCUCACCUCACAACAGACUAUAAUUUCCUAAAGAGCAGAAACUCAGUACUAUAUUCAUAUUUAAACAAGACAAUUUUUUUACAGCAACAGCGAUUUUUAUUACUACCCAAGGAUUUGCAGUAUGAUAUUGCUGAAUAUUAACCCCUUAUUUAGGAAUUUGUGGCCGUCUGCUCCUGCCACCACCUCUUCAUUCAGACAGAGCCUGUUACAGAUUGGACGGUAGUGCAUCUCUCAGUCCCAAGAUCUGUGGCGGCUUCAGUCGAGGCUUUUGACACGGCUCGACCGAGGACGAGCUGAACAGUGAGCGGGACUGUGAUCGAAGACAAAACUAGACUGUUUACACGCUGUUUCCUGUUUGGAUCCACAAGCCACGCCUCACCAGCUUUUUGUGUUGUAAAACGCUCAAGUUUUCUUUGUGUGCUUUUUAUCCAACGUUUUACAGCAUCAUCAGGCAUCUUUUCCUCGCUGACAGAGGUCUGCUAGAUCAUAAUCCACUAUUUCUUAGCGGUGUCAACUUCAGAAGAGUGUGGACCCCCCUCUUUCCCCCCCUUUUUUAUUGUCACCUUUAAUUUUUUGGCACUGCUGCCCCGAGAAGCUGUUACAAUCGCCUCCUGUGAGAAGCAGAGGAUCGGAAGGCACAGUACAGUGUGGCUGCAGACGGCCUGUGGAGGAGAAGGUUCAUGGUCCUGAUCGGUCUCAUUUUCAACACCCAUCCCCUCCUCCUCCUCUCCCUUUUAGGAAAGCGUUUGUCAUUCUCUUGAGUAUCUUUGUAUAUUGUGGCAUGACACAGAAGUAAAGUUUGUGUAGGGCUUUGUGGAGCUGUAACGCUGUAGACAUGGAGAGGACGCCUGUGUGAGCCGGGCCGGGUCUGGGGAUCAUCCAGGUCCUUGUUGGAUUGUUGAACUCUGCCUAUUGCUUGUGUUUAAUUAUAAUAGGUGUUUGACUUGCGUAGGGAUAGUGCGUUUUUUGGGGUCUUUUUUCAGGUGGUAAAUUUUAUCAUAAUGUAUGGUUUAAUACUUAUAUAAAACACUCGUUUUGAAGACUAAUUGUCCUGUGAAGAUGAGGAGAAUUAAUACAUCUUUGUCUGUGGGAUGACUCUUUGUUGAAUCGAAAUCCUCCAAAGACGUGUUGCACCCCUGCGUCCCUUUCUUAUGCAAAUGUGUCCAUCAAAAGAUAAUUUACGUUGUCAGACAGAAAGUGCUCUUUGUUUCAGCCAUUCAAUGCUUGCAUUUCUCUUUUGUCAUGCUGUUGGUGGCCUAUUGUUUUCCAAAAUGGUGGGACCAAAUUAUAAUGGAUCUACAAGCUUAGUUUUAUAUAUACAUGUGCCCCCCCUCCAAAAAACUCGGAUUUUUGGAUGAAGAGUUUACUGGGACUUUUAAGUGAGAAGAUAAUUGAAGUGUUUCUCAUAGUGUCAAACUGCAGAGUGGCCAUCUAAGAUCAGGUAAAACUCAAAAAGACAGAGGUUUGCAACGUGCGCUCAACACGCUGCAGAUCGGUUUGUAUUUUGUGUUGUUUCUGUAAGAAAACAAAAGUUAGUAUCUUAGUUCAUCACCAUCGAAAUGGGCUGUUUAUUCCCUUUUGGAGAAAAAAUAAUUGAUUAUAGCCAGCGGUUGAAUUAAUAAUCCCUUUAUAAUUGUUAGUAUCAGGAUCUGUUCCAUAGUGUCUUGCAAGUGGGUUUACCUUCAUUUGAGAAUAACAUAUGUUACUAAAACUAGCAUGUCACAGUUUUUGACAUCAAAUCAAAAUCUAUUUGUUAAAUAGUUCAAAUGGUUCUAAUUAGCCUCGGUAUAAAUAUAUGUUGGUAUAAGUUUUAGGACAACGUGAUAUGCGACCAGUUGUCAUUUGCAACAAAACAAACCACUGUCCAACCUUGUUCUUUGUCAUCAUCUGGAUACGUGAGUGUAUUAUGUAUUUUUUUAUUAGCCAGACAUAUAUUUGAUGCCUAUAAUUUGUUUGAAUGUUUUUAUGUUUGUCUUUUAAGCCCAAUGUCCAAGACACAAGUCAAGGUAUCCCAGUUUUUUUUUUUAAGGCAAAAAAUGAAUAAAUGUGCUUCCCUUGUAACUUGGAGACAGAAAUAAACAAAAAAAACAUGA